GCUGUCUCUUUCUGCGUCGCCGCUUCGCCGCCUCCGUUCGCCUCCCUGAGUCGGUGCGUCGCGGCCCCGCGGCCCCACGCGCCUCCCCGCCCUCCGCCCGCCAUGGCCUGCCGGCCGCGAAGCCCUCCCCGGUACGGCGACGCCAGCCCGCAUUUUCCAGCCAGAUGGUCCCUGGGGCGGAAGCGCAGAGCCGACGGGAAACGCAGGAAGUCCGAGGACUGCGACCCUUCCGCGUCCCCUGACGACCACGAGCGCAGGCGCGCGGACCACAGACUGGAAAGCUUCACCACUCCUGAAGGCCCUAAGCCCCGAUCUAGAUGUUCAGACUGGGCAAGUGCAGUUGAAGAAGAUGAAAUGAGAACCAGAGUUAAUAAAGAAAUUGCGAGAUAUAAAAGGAAACUUCUCAUAAAUGACUUUGGAAGAGAGAGGAAGUCAUCCUCGGGAAGUUCUGAUUCGAAGGAGUCCGUGUCUGCAGUGCCGGCUGACCUAGAGACAGAUGAGAGUGUGUUGAUGAGAAGACAGAAGCAGAUCAACUACGGGAAGAACACCAUUGCCUACGACCGCUACAUUAAAGAAGUGCCAAGACACCUUCGACAGCCUGGCGUUCACCCCAAGACCCCCAACAAGUUUAAGAAGUACAGCCGGCGGUCGUGGGACCAGCAGAUCAGACUUUGGAAGGUUGCGCUGCACUUCUGGGAUCCCCCCGCCGAAGAGGGGUGUGAUCUGCAGGACAUACACCCUGUAGACCUAGGUGAGAUGGAGACUGAAUCAACAGAAAGCAGCUCCGAAUCCCAGACAAGCUCACAGGACAACUUUGAGUGAAGGGUCCAGGACUUUGACAUAUCUCACAUGAUUCCUGGUGGUGGUGAGGUGGAGGCAUGGCCCUGUUUUCAGGAGGUGAAGCGGUCUCAGGAAAGGGCUGUCCUCCAUCCCCAGGGUCUCCCGACUGAGCUGAGGCCGACGCAGCUCUCCUCGUCUUCAGAGUGCUCAGCGGUGUGACUGUUUUCUCAAGGCAGCCGAGUGUGGAAUUGAGCGUCCGUCUACAAGCCACACCGUUCAGAGUUGAGGCAUCCGUACUCAGAGAUGUCAAGUCUGUUAGCUUCCAGUUCUAAGGGGAAGUUCUAUGGGUAGAAUUUGACACUUCAGCUUAAAAUGAGAUUUGAUGUUAACCCAUGAGUUUUAAUUAGCUAAUAACUUUGAAUUCUCGGUGUGCUUGUCCUGCACGAAUAUGAUCGUAGUCAUGUAGUGUUUCUGGGCAUAAUGUUAUGUAUAAUGAGUGUGUUUUGCAUGUUUUAAAUUGUAAAAGGAACCAAAUCCAAGAAAGAUUGGACUUGAAGAAAUCUGGAAACAAACUUAAUUGCUUAAACCUCUAUCAGCCUCCAAGUUAUAAUCUGACAAGAAUACUUAAACUGGUUUUUCACAGUAUUUUAUGUAUUAAAUUGCCACUUGUGAAAUGGGUUGGUUUUGAAUUUUUCUGUGUAUCCACGGAGCCAACGUGGAGUCAGCUUUUGUCUACUGUUAUCUGACAGCGUUUUCAGAAUUUGAGACCUUUAACAUCUUCAUGUACACUUCAUUCUUGGCUUUUUGUCAAGAUGUCAGGUUGGUGAUUUCCUCAUGCAGAGCCCUGAAUCAUCAAAGCUGUUAAGCAGAGCUGUUAAAGUUAGUGACUUUUAUGUAAGUUACGCAGUCUUAAUUGGGUACUUGUAAAUAGUGCUAGCUGGGUAGGUUUUUCUACCUAUAAGAUUCCAAGAGUUAAGGCAAUGGAAGGGAUAUAGAAAGAAGUUUUGUUUUAUUUUUUUAAUCAGUUAAUUUACCAUGUAAAAUUGUUGUAAAUGAUAAUGUGUACAGAUUUUCUGUUCAUAUAUUCACUUGUAAACUUCUUGUUAAGACUGUUAUGUUUCUAUUGCUUUUGUAUGGAACAAUGUUACAGAAAUAAAAAGAAAAGAACCUUUAACUGAAUUAUUAAAUUGAUGACUCGGCUACCCGUCAUAAUAACUCAGUGU